GCCUUCUUUUGCUUCCCACUGCCAUUCCGAGUAGCUUCACGGUCGGAAUUCUUCUCUACCACAACACUUCCGAAAUUUUGGGAGCUCAUUGGGAGCAGAUUCCCGUCUCGUGCUUUCUGUCAUUUGCAGCAGCAUCAACGACCACCGGUCAUGUUUCCCGCACAGACCGGCAACAUCGAUAUAGAAGCCCUCAGUGGAAUAUGUGGGUCGAUCUCAAUUGCCUGCUGGGUAGUUGUUUUCUCUCCCCAGAUCAUUGAGAACUUUCGCCGUGGAUCCGCCGAUGGACUGUCACUUCUCUUCCUUAUCGUUUGGCUCGCCGGCGAUGUCUUUAACAUCCUCGGCGCCGUUCUACAGGGUGUCCUGCCGACCAUGAUCAUCCUUGCGGUCUACUACACGCUUGCCGAUGUCGUACUUCUCGCCCAAUGCUUCUAUUACCGCGGAUUUACCCUUCGGGACGAGCCAUGCCCUCAGCAGCGUGCCUCGGCAGUCUCCUCACUGCACGACGAGGAAGAAGCCUUCGAGGAAGAUACGGAGGUUCCCUCGCCCGUGAUGGCCCGCAAGCCCACAGAGCAGACCGCUCUCCUGGCCUCCAAGCAGCGCGGUGGGCCGUCCUACCACCAGGCCAGCAACAACACCAGCUCCGCCUCCUCGAUAACCAUCACCCCGCAUCACCACCAUGAUCAACGGCCGCCGCCUCCGCUCACAGCCCGCCGUCACUCCUCAUCCGCAUCCUUUCUCCACCCCUCCGUCGACGGCACCCACCUAUCCCCCGUGACCCCUUUCAUCGAGCCCGUCAAAGAAACUCGUCCGUCCCGCACCCUCACCACCUUCCAAACCACUCUUUUUCACGCCUCGGCCAUCACUCUCGUCUGCGCCGCCGGCGUCCUAGGAUGGUACAUCAGCCAACGCACCGCUCAGCCCUCGAACGGCCACCACGACACGUCUUCCGCUCCCGACGCAUCGCUCGAGAUGGAUACCCUGGGCCAAGUCUUCGGCUACCUCUGCGCCGCGUUGUACCUUGGGUCGCGCCUCCCGCAGAUCCUCCUCAACUACCGCCGCAAAUCCACCGACGGCGUCUCCCUCUUGUUCUUCCUGUUCGCCUGCAUCGGCAACCUGACCUACGUGCUGUCGAUCCUGGCGUAUUCCCCCGUCUGCGCAGAUGCCAGUGCGAGCUCGAACUCCCUGAGCCCAGCCCACCACCACCACCACCACAGACGAUGUUCCCCUGCCGAGCUCUCCAGCCAGUACGGCCGAUACAUCCUGGUCAACCUGUCCUGGUUGAUCGGCAGCUUCGGCACGCUGUUGCUGGAUAUGUGCAUUUUCGUGCAGUUUUUCCUGUACCAGGAGAAUAGCAGCGAGGAAAUCUCAACUGAUGCCAGUGUAGACGAGGACGAGACUGUUCGUGGAUGACGACGACGAUGAUGAUGACCAUGAUGGUGUUCUACUUUUGGGGAUUGGGACUUGGGGAGUCAAUCCUACAGGAUUUACGGAGUUGAUUGGUUUAUCAGAUAAAAAAGUUUCGCUUUUCUUGCUCUUUCCCUUUGUUGGGUUAUCUUCUUGGUAUAUUUUUGGACAGGGUAUACCCUUGGUCAACUGGUGUGGUGAUUGUACAGUUUCCCUGUUGUCUCAGCCGGCGAUCAUCCUCAUUUCUUCACUGUAUCUAUACACGUAUACGCUUGUCAGAGCCUAGAGCAGAAGAG